GGCCGGCGCUCGUCGUAUGCUCUUUCUUUCCACUUGACAGUCUUGGCAAUUAAUUCCCCAAGUAUAGUACAACACGGCUGUGCCCGCGACUCCGAGUUUUCCGCGAUUCCUUUUUUUCUUCUCUUUUUCCAAAAUGAGCUCCUGAGCUGUGUCAGUCAUCCCCCUUCUUUUUGUUCUUUUCGACAUCGCGGGGAAAAAUCAAAGUUUGAAGGAGCCAGGGACGAGGAGGUUGUUUUGAUUGUUUUCGAAAAGAGGGUCAAGUGAGAGAGGUAAAAAAAAAAAAAAAAAAAAAAAACAGUCCGAGGAUGGAGGGCACUGGAAUGCUGAGUGGGACGCCGGCGCGGCAGGAGGGCCAAAAGCUCUGGCAGUAUCUGGCCGCCUUUUCUGCCUGCAUCCUCUCGGUCGGCGUGGGCACGGCCCUCGCGUGGACCUCCCCGGUGAUGUUCUCCCUGAAGAGCGCCGACUCGUUCCUCCCCGUGAGCGAGGAGCAAUCCUCGUGGAUCUCGUCCCUAUUGGCGAUCGGCUCGAUGUUGGGCGCCCUACCGGCCGGCAUGUUCGCCAACGCCGUGGGCCGCAAGCGCUCCCUCUUGGCCCUGGCGGUGCCCUUCCUCCUCUCCUGGGCCGUCAUAUUCGCGGCAAGUGCCGUUUGGAUGCUCUACGCCGCCCGGCUGACCGUUGGCGUGGCCGUUGGGGCAGCGUGCGUCCUCGUGCCCACCUACCUGUCCGAGAUAGCCGAGGCGUCGAUACGGGGCACCCUUGGCGCCAUGUUCCAGCUCUUCCUCACCGUCGGCAUCGUCUACACCUUCUCCCUCGGCGCCCAACUGGCCUACCACCCCCUAGCCGUGGCCUGUGCUCUGGUGGUGGUCGCGUUCGCCGCCAGCUUCGCCUUCAUGCCCGAGUCCCCCGUCUGGCUCAUGAGCCAGGGGAAGAAGCACGAGGCGUCGGUGGUGCUGAGGCGGCUGAGGGGUAGCGGUUACGACGUGAGCGCGGAGUUGGGGGAGCUGCAGAGGGAUUGCGAGGAGGGGGCGGGCGAGAGGAGCUCGGUGUUCGAUCUGGUGAGGUAUCCGGCCCCGCGAAAGGCGCUUUUCAUCUGUUUCGCGGGCAUGGUGUUCCAGCAGCUGUCGGGGAUCAACGCCGUCAUAUUUUACACCAAGGACAUCUUCGAGGCGUCCAACAGCUCCAUGUCGCCCGAUCUAGCGGCCAUUUGUGUCGCCCUCGUGCAGUGCUCGAUGGCAGUCGUAGCCGCGGUGAUUGUCGACAAGGCCGGGCGCAAGCCGCUGCUCAUGUUCUCCUCGGCUCUGAUGGGCCUGAGCUUGACGACCCUCGGCCUAUUCUUCAAACUCCAAGAGGCCGAAAGCGACACCAGCAACCUGGGCUGGCUGCCCCUCGCCUCCCUCGUACUCUUCAUGAUCGCCUUCUCCAUCGGGAUGGGUCCGAUCCCGUGGAUGCUCAUGGGCGAAAUGUUCACGGCUGAGCUGAAGGGCAGCGCCUCCAGUCUGGCGGUGACGCUCAACUGGUUCCUCGUGUUCCUCGUCACCAAGACCUACCCCACCCUCAAGGACGUCUUCCACGCGUCCGGCGCCUUUUGGAUUUUCGCGGUCGUCAUGUACCUGGCCACGGCUUUCAUUCUCUUCGUCGUUCCCGAGACGAAGGGCAAGAGCAUCCAGGAGGUCCAGGACCUCCUCCUCGGGAGGAAGAAAAACAAGUCCGGCAGCUCCGCUUGAUUUGUCCAACGCGUUUGACUGUUUUUUUUUUUUUUUUUUUUGCUGAGCGAAUGUCGCGAGAGUUUAUAUUUAUUUUUACUAUACAACUGCGGUGUCUUUGAAUGAUCGGUAAUUUGCUAAAAAAAAAGAAAAAAAAAAAAACCAUUUUGUACAAUGUGACACGAUUUGUAAAAGUUGCGCUAAUUUUGUAAUACUCGAGAAUUGAGAAUUAAAAAACGAUUAAUACAUUGAAAAACUACUCGACAGUUUCUCGUCAUUUCUUAUUCCUAAAUCUGGUGUUUACACGAGGGAAUCGAGUGAUUAAAAUCA